CGGAGCGGGUGUUACAAAGAUCUUGUAGAAAACCGAUCUUCGGAAUGUUUAUGAAAGAUGAUUUUGCGUGUGGAAAAUACAGCUUAAACUGUCGUCUUUUGAUUGCUGAAGACCACGGGUCUCUACAAUUUUUCUAUCAAAAGUUAUUUAAAAAUAACUGAGGCCACUGGGUUUUUAAUAGCCUGAUUAACACACGUUUAAAAAGUACGUUAAAGACUAAAACAAUAAGUAUUUGAUAAAAUAUUUAUGGGAGAAGUUGAUAAUGAACAUCCAUACUCUAUUAUUAUUUGAUAUGACAGCAUAAACUAUCGAAAGAAGUUAUGAUGAGUGUAUUUAGAUGGAGAUAUUGGUCUCAAGCGCAAUCACUUGUUAGUGCAAUAGAGAUUUUUUACGUCCUGAAAAUAUAUGUCGUCAUGGUGUUGAUAUUCAUCUUCUAAUUUCAGAUCUAUUAAAUUAUGUCUUUGUUAUGAAUAUAUGAACAAUUAUGAUGAGCGAUUUCGAUGUCUAUCAUUUAAAUCGUAUUCCAGACUCAGUUAAUGAUAUUGUCAUCUACAGUCGAUGUUCUCGUUUCUGAUGAUCUUUGAAAUUCGAUAGACAAUGCAACAUUAUCUAUUGACAUUUGUUGUUCUAAAGCAACUUAACUAUUGCAUAGUUAUACAUUAUUUUCUUCAAUAAUUAGUUGUCGAGACUGAUUAAUUAAUUUUUUUAAUGACGUGUUCGCAGCAGAAAUGAUUAGUAUACAGUGGAUAGUUUCCAUAUCACAGAUCAACUGUAAAUGUUAAGAAACGUAUACUUCUCGUUAAGAAAUCACGUAAGAUUUCUUUAGUCACAUGUAGUUUGCGUCAUCUCAUUUUAGAUGAUCCAUCGUUUAUUAAGUCAACAUUCGAUACUUUCUAUUUUUUCUCGUAGAAUAUCGUCUCUCGUUAGUACAUCGAGCACUUCCAUCCUUAAAAGUACACUGCAUGAUAAUUCAAUUAUUCAGUUGACUCUUAAUCGUCCAUCUGUUCGUAAUGCUUUCAAUACUCAAUUAGCCAAAGAUUUAAUUCGUAGUUGCGCCUGGAUUAAAGAUCAACAUUCCACUUUUCGUGUGUUAAUUUUAAAUGGUGAAGGUGAUACUUUUUGUUCAGGUGCUGAUUUAAAAGAACGUAAUCAAUUGAAUACUGAACAAUGGCAUGAACAACAUCAAAUAUUUGAACAAAUGUUUGAAAGUCUCUUACAAUUAGAAAUACCUACAAUAGCAGCCAUUGAAGGUUUUGCCGUUGGUGGUGGAUUUGAAUUAGCGUUAAAUUGCGAUUUGAUAAUAGCUAGUGAUAAAUCACAUUUUCAACUUCCAGAAGUUUCUCGUGGGAUAAUGCCUGGUGGAGGUGGAACACAAUUACUAACAAGACUAUGUGGUCCAGCAAAAGCAAAAGAAAUAACCAUUACAGGUCGUCGUUUGAGUGCUCGUGAAGCAUUUGAAUUUGGCAUUGUUCAACUACUUACAUCACCAGGUGAAGUAUUAACUCAAUCAUUAGAAUUAGCAAGAAGUAUAGCAGCAAAUGCUCCAUUAUCUGUUAAACAAAUCAAACGUGCAAUUAAUCUAGGACAAGGUCAUGGUAUAGAUCGUGCACGAGAAAUUGAAUUAGAAUGUUAUCGAACAUUAGUUGAUACUCAAGAUAGAUAUGAAGGAGUCAGAGCUUACAAUGAAAAACGAAUGCCAAAUUGGAAAGGUCAAUGA